AUGGCCACAUCCACCCUCGACGUCGAGGCGCAUGUUCUGCCUACCCAACUUCGUCUCCGACAUCAUGCACAGAGUACCAUCACCAGACUCCACACCCUGCCACGAAAACAUCCAAUCUGGGACGCCCUGUCACGCGCUCAUAGACGAAGAAAUAAUCUUGGAUUGUACGCCCGGUUCCCACUAGCGGGAGUUUUGAAGAUAAUGGACCUGGAGAGGCUACGCGAAAUUGAAAUGAUCGACCUCGCCCCGCUGCCACCUUGGAGGCCCGAGACAUUUUCGAAAAUCGAGAUUGAGCCGCACCAGGAAAGCGCCAUGGAACGAGCAGAGGCGGCACGCUCCGCCUCAGACAUUGUCGUCUACUCAGAUGCCUCGGGACGCCAAGGCCGCCUGGGCGCAACUGCAACGACACUCAAUGACAGCACGGAGACUACGGAAUCUCUACAGAUCCAUGUUGGGCCAAUGGACCGAUGGUCGGUGCAUGUCGCAGAGCUACUAGGGAUCUGCAUACUAUCAAUAUCAUCAACAGCGCUGCCCUCAAGCGAUGGAGUUUGA